UUAAAGGCUUUUAUGAAGCAGACAUUUUCUGUUUGUAUUUGAUUUAGAUCAGAGGUGUCUGCUAAAUCCAUAUUGGCUAAUUGUUUUAUUGUCGCGCCUCCAUCUAAAAUCAAUAAGUCUCAGAGGAGCUGCAUUUGUGACUAAAUGGCUGAACAAAGAGACGAAGACAAAGCGUACAGUGUUUCUAAGUGGUUUAUGACACUGCAUUCUAUCAUCGCCAGGCAGCCGGUGGGGAAAGAGGUUGGUGGUCCACACCCCCCACGUCCCUGACAGGCCACCUGUCACUCAACCCAGGAAGCAGAGUGACGAGCUGAGAGGGCGAGCUCCUUAUAAGAGCCCCACAGAACCCUCAUCAACAGAACCAGGCCGCUCCAUAUCAACAGAUCUAGAUCCAGCACACCCCGGUCCAGCUUAGCUCAGCUAGUUUCACCGUGUCUCGUCCCUGCAAACCCAACCCAGCUCUGUUGGACAUGAAGUUCUCCCAAAUCCACUGUGCACUGGCCCUGCUGGGUCUGGCCCUGGCCAUUUGCAGCCAAGGAGCUGCCUCGCAGCCCGACCUGGACCUCCGCAGCCGCAGACUCCUUCAGAGGGCCCGUGCCGCUAGCAUUGCCACACAGGAGUGGAGUAAGCGAGUGAUGGAGGACGUUCUAUCCGAACUGUCCUUGCCUGAGGUGGAGGCCCAGAAAAGUGUGGGGUCCACGGCUGAGGCCAAAGAGGACCUGGAGCGUUCAGUGGACAACUCCAACAACCUGCCCCCCCGCGAACGCAAAGCUGGCUGCAAGAACUUCUACUGGAAGGGCUUCACUUCUUGCUGACGGAAGAAAAGCCUGACCACCUUAUGACACGAUGCUGCCAAUCACAUCACACCGCCAACCUGCAUCUGACUAAUGCAGCCAAUCAACAGUUAGCUGUGCCUGAUGACAAUUCCUGAAAUCAACAGAAUGAUGUACCUGCCAAAUUUAUGAAAUAAAGAGAAAAUAAUUUUA